UCGCCCUGGCCAACCGCCAUGGACGAUGCCCCAACGCCGCCUAGCCGUGCUCCAGAAGGGAUUCAACUUUCCAGACCAUUUCGGUCACGACGCGCUAGGCCUUGCGAUCAAUGUCGACGAGCCAAGAGUCGUUGUGCGAUUCCACAAGCAGGUCCGCCAUGUUUGGAAUGCCUCCAAAUGAACAAACAGUGCACCUUUGAAGAACUACCGCCCGAAAGAAAGAAGCCAAAGGCGCCCGCGUCCCCAACCAACCUCCCAGGCCCUUCCAACCUCCCUCUCGAAAAUCCCAAGGUGAAACGGCCAAGAAGUCCAGAUGAUAGCUCCGCUGCACUUCAAGCCCUGAGCUAUGCUGCCUCCAAAGAGAAACGACUGAGAACUGGUGAUGCUGAGCCGGCAUCGCUCGACCUCUCGAUUGGCAAAUCUCUUGAUCCCCACGCCAUUACUACUUUGCUCACAGAUGACCUCUUGCCACUUGGAACGCGGCAAGCCGGACCAGAGGCCGAAGCGCCGCUCUCUGACGCGUACAUCCGCCAGAUUUCUAAUGACCGCUCGAAGCCACAAUAUAUCAUCUUCAAAAAACGAAGGAUUGGGCCUCAGCAUCACGCUGGCAGUCCCAAACAACUUGGUGUCUUCAGACUCUGCUCGUCACUCUUGGACCCUCCCCCACCAGACGAAGCGGAAUUGAUCGACAUCUACAUGAACUUUUCUAAUGCCGCAUUUCCCCUCGUAUACCCUCCAUCUGAUGAGAGGUCCAUCGAGUAUGCCUCUAAACUAUGCCUAGCCGCUUUAAAUCAUUGCCCUCCUUAUCGCUCCUCGAGAAUCACGAUUAGGUCUAUCCUCCAAGCGAGUGAAGACCUGAUACAACAAGAACCUACUCGGCUGUCUUCUGUUUCUACCGCCUUGCUUGAACUAUCAGCUAGGCCUGUUGUUGAUGUUGAAGCUAACUAUAUGUUAUUGGCCAAGACGAUCGCGACUGCGCAAUUGCUGGGUCUCCAUAUCAAUCCAGCUACCUGGGCGAUUCCUGUCUGGGAGAAGGAGCUACGGGUGUGUCUGUGGUGGGCUCUACGGAUCCAUGACGCUUGGAUCUCUUUCCUGAACUCGCGACCGUCCCACAUCCAAGCAGACAAUCAUUCGACUCCACUACCAGAUAGUCUCGCUCAUAUUUCCAUUGGCUCCGACUCAGGCCGCUCUGGCCAAAGCUUUAUCAUGCUGUGCCGGCUUUCGAUCCUGACUUCGAAACUUCAAGCACAAGUUUCUACACUCGCUUCAACAUUUUUGGCGCCGUCGGAGCGUUUGGCGAUAGUGAAGGUGCUUGAAGAAGAUACUCAGCUGCUUAUCACGGAAGCACGACGCGACGAAAUGUCUCGGUCCAUGGCCUCAGGUGUUGCCUCCCUCAUGACAUGUCUUCUGGGUUUCCGAUGCAUGCUCAGACGCAUUUCCAUCGAGCUUAGCAUCGGACUCGGUAGCCCGUUCACUCCAGAUCCAGCUACCCUGGAAAUAUAUGCAGAGGCGGUAGACUAUGUUUGCAGCCUUGACGGCCCGGCCUUCAAUGGAUUCUGGCUGAAUUAUGUUGGACACAUACUUUCUUCGCUCACAUCAAGCCUGAUUCGCCUCAGUCUUGCGACUUCAGCGCAAGGCUCGGCCUCGUUGACCCCUCAAAGAAGCACAGUCACAAUCCAAGCGAGCUCAAGAACAAUGCCAUUAAUGAUGUUGUCGCGUCUUCAACGGGCACUCCAGGCAGCUCAGGCAUUACAUUGGGAUCUCGCAGAUGCCGCCCUGACUCGUGCCGAAGCUGUUGUUGGCUGCUUGAAGCCAUCUGCCGAAUAUACCGGCAUCAUCAACGCCCUCCAGGGCCAAUACGAACACGAGUUCCCUCGCCACCCGACUGGUGGGUCUGUCAAUCAAGCUAAGAACAACGGCGUUCAUGACGGCCAAAUGGACAACUAUGGGUGGAAUAUCGACCUGAAUGCAUUCGGCAUUGACUGGAAUGGGGCUGAUGCGGGGCUCAACGGUCUCAACGGUAUCUGGGGUACCGCCACACACCCAACAGAUGCCCAUGUCCUCCAGAACAACAUGCUUCCGAUGUACAAUGCGUAG